AUGACUCUCAAAGAUCGAAAUGCCCAUGAACGCACCCUGAGCUCCUACAUUAAAGACAGCAUUGUCGAGAGAAAAUCAAUCACUGACAAAUCCGACGAUUACAUCAAAUGGGAAAAGGAUCUUGUCGAAGAUCUGGAAGAGCAGCUGAAACGUGCAAAGGAGCGAAUAGAGGAAGAGAGGCGACGGGUCGAUCUCGAGAAGGUAGUACAUGAUACUAAGCACGAAGGUUUGGUGGAGUUGCUGAGCAAGGUCAAACAAGCGUUGUGGCCAAGAUAUUAG